AUGUCGGUGCCACCAAGGUCGCAAAAGGGCUCCAAGGCCAUGGAGGUUUCUCCGCGAGCUUUCUCCGUGGUGGCCACCACAGGGUUUUAUCUUCCCCACCUUCACCCCUUGCCUGGUGGUGUGGCACCACCAUCUCCACGCGUCCCUGAACCCCUCCCCGUCCCCACCACGCGCGGGCCGCGUCACCCAGCAGAUCCCACCUCCACCACCGCGGUGACCUCGGGUUGUCCUCUGCAGGGCCUGAAGAAGCCGAACCUGGAGGAGGUCCGCCACGCCAAGAACGCCAUCUUCAGCCCGUCCAUGUUCGGCAGCUCGCUGCAGGAGAUCGUGGCCAUGCAGCGCGAGCGCUACCCCGAGCGCCAGCUGCCCUGGGUGCAGACGCGCCUCUCCGAGGAGGUGCUGGCCCUCAACGGCGACCAGACCGAGGGCAUCUUCAGGGUCCCCGGCGACAUCGACGAGGUCAACGCCCUCAAGCUCCAGGUGGACCAGUGGAAGAUCCCCACGGGCCUGGAGGACCCGCACGUUCCCGCGUCGCUGCUGAAGCUGUGGUACCGCGAGCUGGAGGAGCCGCUGAUCCCGCACGAGUUCUACGAGCGCUGCAUCGCGCACUACGAGAGCCCCGAGGCCGCCGUGGCCGUGGUGCACGCGCUGCCCCGCAUCAACCGCAUGGUCCUCUGCUACCUCAUCCGCUUCCUCCAGGUGUUCGUGCAGCCGGCCAACGUGGCGGUGACCAAGAUGGACGUCAACAACCUGGCCAUGGUGAUGGCGCCCAACUGCCUGCGCUGCCGCUCCGAGGACCCGCGCGUCAUCUUCGAGAACACGCGCAAGGAGAUGUCCUUCAUCAGGGUGCUCAUCCAGCACCUGGACACCAGCUUCAUGGAGGGCAUCUUAUAGUGGACAUC